CAGUAUCAAAGGAAUAAGAAAGGAGGAGAAGCAGUAAGUCAGGAGGCCUGCAAGGCCAAAUAAUUCCUUCACAAUUCAGAAAACAGUUGUGGUUGCCGCUGCUGCCACUGCGAGCACCUUCUUUCACCCCAGUUUCCAAUCACCCAGUUUCCAACCAUCAUAUCGGUAGCGCGACCCUCAGAGCUUCCCUGACAAGCCCACCAGGCCACCAAGAGUCCAUUCUAACUUAUUUCUCAGUAUAAAUUUUGUAAGAUUGCUUUUUGCUUUCCAACCAACCACCACCAUGGCUUUCAAGUGUUUCUUCCUUGGGAGUGUCCUCUAUCUCCUUUUGCUUCGUGGUGUCCAUGCCAAUGCGAGCUGUGGCUCUUGCGCCGUACCCCACAAGUACGAUGCGGAUCGCCAUCAGGUGGUCUACAAAGUGGGUGUGCUGAACUUUCGUGGUCCUGAUUCUGCCUUUGCCCAGCACAACAGGACAUUUGCCGAUUACCUGACGGCGACUGCCGGUCAACGAUUUGAUCCUCCCGUUUCCUUUCAAAUGGUUCCCGUGAACUUUCAGAGCAUGUUUGACGAGGCAGAAAAGGGAACCGUCGACUUUCUCUACCUCAGUCCAAGCCCGUUCACGUGUGUUGAAGCCGAGUUUGGUGCUCAGUCGUUGGUGUCACACAUUUCCAAGCGAGUAGUAGGAGGCAAUACGUAUACCUUGGAAAAGUUUGCGGGCGUGAUUGCAGUGAGGGCAGAUAAUCACGAGAUCAAGACUCUACAGGACCUCAAGGGAAAGGUGGUUGCCUCGGCAGCCAUCUCCUCGUUUGGGGGUGGAGCCAUGCAGUUUCGGGAAGUGAUCAAUGCCGGCAUGUCCUUUAUCAAUGACCCAAAGCAAAUGGUCUUUACGGGGAAUCAGGCUCAGAUCGUCAAUGGUGUCAUCUCGGGAAAGUUUGAUAUUGGUUUCGUUAGAACCGAUCAAAUCGAAAGAACCAACGAUGCCGAUGGCAACCUGGUCGAUCCCAAUCUGAUCAAGGUAUUGGAGUCCAAGCCCAACUUUCUCAAUGGAGUACCCUUUCCGUUUGAAGCUAGCACCCAGCUGUACCCGGAAUGGAAUUUGGGGGCCAUGGAGACUGUAGACUCGCAAGUGUCCAGGGAAGUUCAGGCAGCCAUGCUGGCACUGGCGGAACAUUCCAAAACAGGAGAAGCCAUACAGGCUUGUUUGGAUGCCAACGUUAGCAGUAUUGCUACUUGCAACAACCUCGAGGAAGUCGCUCCCAAUGCCAGAUGUGACACGACCGUCGAGAUUGCUGCCAUUGCAAAGGAUGCAAUGACCAAUGGCAAGUACGCCGGGUUUCGGACCACGCAAAACUACAUUGAGAUUCGUGCCAUGCUCCAGGACACUGGUUUCAUCCAAAAGGACGAGGUGAGGAACAUUUGGAAAUGUGCGCGUCCCGCCUUUCUCUACGAAGCCAUCGUCUGUCCUACAGGACAUUUCAAAAAGAGCAAGGAAGAAGUCGAAAAUGGGUGCGCUCAAGUGGGAUUGCAGUGCGAUGAAGGGCACCAAUGCGUAUGCAAUCCUUGUCAAAAGGCAUUUGAUGUGGACAUCUUCCCCAUGUCAAGUAGUGAUAGCUCCAACAAGACAACCCAAGGUUGCGCCAAAAUGUCGCUCUGUGGGGGGGUGGAGCAGCGAGAAACUCUGCGUUUCCAAGCCAUUGAUAACAAAAAGCGGGUGGGGGCUGUUAUGAACGUGACAGUGCGAGAAGGUGACUUUGAACAACGGGCGAUUCCGGUCUACCAGGUUGAUACGCAUGUGUACGAGUUCUCUGUAUCGGCACAGAGGGUCGGUAUCUUGAUUCUGGAGGUCUUUCUCGAUGGCGAACAAACCCCAGAGUCGCCUUUGAGGGUUCAAGUGUACGAAAGACAGUGUAGUGAAAAUCUUCACGAGGCAGACGAGGAUGGUAACUGUGUCUGCACUUCCGGUGCCGUUUCCAUGGGCAACGCUUGCGUCUCUGUUGGCGUUGUUAUUGCCAUUGCAUUGGUGCCCAUUGUCUUGGUGAGCAUUGCAUGGGUAUGUUGGUACGUAGACAAGAAAAAGAAGAAGGCAGACCUCAUCUGGUCUGUCAAGAUGGAAGAGUUGGCUUUUGAUGAACCACCAACAGUGAUUGGUCAAGGUAGCUUUGGGCUUGUGCUCCUGGCGGAGUACAGGGGCACACAGGUAGCAGUGAAACGUGCCAUUCCUGCUAAGGGCUCCAAAGAGGAUGACCUUUUCUAUGAUGACGACACUGAAUCUUCAACUGUCAAUCGGUCGGGUCAGCUAAAGAACAAAAUAACCGCAAAUCCGAACGGGCAAGAGGACUUUGAGGAUGAGGCAGACUUGGAAGAUCCACUGAAACAUAGCCACCAUUCCAGGAACGCAAAUGCAGGUACCAAGUCCAUCAUGAAAUCAGGGAUGAUGGCAAAUUCUGGUGGGCAUAGCAGCGGCUUCGGAUUUCGUGGUUGGGGGGUCUCCAGUUAUGGUCGUCACAAGGCAAUGUUUAUUAAAGAAAUGCGGCUGCUCUCAAAGCUUCGCCACCCCUGUAUCACCACCGUGAUGGGUGCUGUACUAGAGACAGCGGAAGUCCCUAUGCUUGUGAUGGAGUACUGCUGCCACGGUUCACUAUACGAUAUUUUGCGAAAUGAAACAAUGCCGUUGGAAGGUGACCUUGUGUUGACUAUCCUUUGCGACAUCGCAAGUGGAGUUCGGUUCCUUCAUGCAGCCAAACCGCCGGUCAUCCAUGGGGACAUCAAAUCAGCCAACAUAUUAAUUGAUGGACGAUUUCGAGCUAAAGUUGCCGAUUUCGGGCUUAGCACAGCGGAUCAAAAAGUUGCGCUUGGCACUCCUUAUUGGAUGGGCCCGGAGCUCUUACGAGGGGACUCUUUGAACAACGCUGCAUCUGACAUGUACAGUAUUGGUGUCGUUGUCUACGAGAUUUUCGCACGAAAAGAUCCUUACUUCGGCGAAGACCCGAAUGAAGUCAUGAGCCAGAUCGUAGACAGGAAGAUCAACAAGCGUCCUCCGAUUCCAUCCUCGUGUCCGCCGGCGAUUGCGAGACUCAUGAAGCUGCUUUUGUCAGGCACUCCGUCAGCCCGUCCCACCGCUGCCGAGCUUGACCAUCGUCUAAAAGAGCUCGAUGCCAGUAAAGUUGCUCCAGGACAGAAUCCCUUAUCGCAUCGAAUCAGGAAGGAUCAGCCAUCAGAUGCUGCAGCCAGGAACGAGUUCCUCUACAAAGUCUUCCCUCACCACAUUGCCGAUGUUCUCGCGAGUGGAGGCAAACCAGAACCCGAGUCUCAUGAGAUUGUUACAAUUUUCUUCUCGGAUAUUGUUGGCUUCACAAAUAUUUCUUCCACCUUCUCACCUAUCAAGGUAUCCAAAAUGCUCGAUCGCUUGUACUUGGCAUUCGAUAGUCUAGCAGAGAAGCACGAGCUCUUCAAGCUAGAAACAAUCGGAGACGCAUAUCUUGCAGUUUCCAAUCUUGUCCGAGAUCAGCAAGAAGACCAUGUAAAGAAGGUGGCAGAGUUCGCUAUUGAUGCGGUAAAGGCUGCGUCUGAGGUUCCCAUUGACGUGGAAGACGUGAGCAAGGGCUACGUCAAUAUCCGUGUCGGUUUCCAUUCGGGUCCUGUGGUAUCGAAUGUUGUUGGAAAUCUCAAUCCUCGGUAUGGGCUGUUUGGGGACACGGUCAACGUUGCCUCUCGAAUGGAAAGCACGUCGGUGGUUGGCAAAAUCCAUUGCUCCGAGAAGAGUGCACACUUGCUAAUGGCGCAGGCUCCUCAAAUACCCAUUAAGCUGCGCGGGGAGACAACGGUGAAGGGAAAAGGAACCAUGAAAACUUACUUUGUCGAGAAUGGCAAUUAGAAUCGUUUCCCUUGUCCGAAGUAUUGGAAACCGAUUGUAGUUAAAAGGGGGAUUGUAUGCAUAGUAGUCUACAUAUUCUUUACAGC